GAACAGCUACGCACCGGUACAGAAACCAUUCAAUCCCUCGACACGUGCACGAGAGGGAUUUCGUAGUGAUUGAGCAAGGACCCUAUGCUGUGUGUCUAAACUCUUGUGAAGUAAUUAGUUGUGUCAGGGCAGAAUGAGUCGAAAAUCACUCGUGCUUGUCUCCGUGCUAGUCGUGGGUGUGCUGUUAGCGGUGUCCCUGUACGACACGUUUGAUCCGAAUGUGGACUUGAAGGACAAACGAGUCAUAGUGUGCGGAGCAUCGACUGGUAUUGGUGAACAGAUUGCCUAUCUUUACGCCCGGGCUGGUGCAAGACUAGUGCUGGUUUCUCGCAGACUGCAAGUUCUACAGCAAGUGCAGGCGAAAUGUCGUGACCUGGGAGCAGCACAAGUGGAAGUGUUUGCCGGGGAUCUUUCCUUCAAGAAUACCAGCAAAGGUGUGAUUGAAUAUUCUGAGGAGAAGUUGGGAGGAUUUGAUCAUUUGAUACUGAACCACGUGAUAGGCUAUUACACCGUCUGGUCGAGCAAGUCUGAUUUGGAUUAUGCGACCAAAGUUGUGGAAGUCGAUCUCUUGAGCUACAUCUAUUUGACAACGUACUCACUGCCAGCAUUGGAGAGGAGUCAUGGAUCGGUAGUGGCUGUGUCAUCGGCAGUAGGUCUUUCUCCACUGGCACUAACUCAUGUGUACUCAGCAUCAAAGUUUGGCCUCCAUGGCUUCUUCGGGUCAUUACGACAAGAUCUGAUGAUUCAGAAGUCGAACGUGUCCAUCUCCUUGGUUGCACUGGGCCUGUUUGGCACUGACAACACAAAGGCCAAUACUAAAGACAAACUACCUGAUGUUCUGAAGAUGUACGGAGACCCUGCAGAUGCUGCCUAUGCCAUUGCCCGCACCGCCACGCUGCGUCUUCGCCAAUGCAAUUAUCCCUAUGCAGAGACUAAGCUACUGCAAUGGGUACACUCCUUGUUCCCAAGUCUAGUUGAUGGCGUAAUGGUACAUUUAUUCCAAGACAGGCUUCCCCAUUUGUAUGAAGGCCAGACGCCAUACGGCCUGAACACCUACAACAGCUGAGGUGCCAGAGUGCAGGACCACUGCAUACAGUCAAAUUGCUGAGUCAAUGUUGUGGGUCCAUUGUUAUUAGGCAUAUGCCUGUCUUGAUUUCCACUGUAAAUAUAGUAUACAACAAUGUUGAGCCUAAUAAACGUCAUGCUGUUGGGAAAACCCAUGCGGCGAUCGCUUUGUAGUUCCAUAGCCACAGUCAGAAAGUCUUCUUGCUGCUUAGUGCAGUUCAUUAGGCCUAGUAAACUGCGUUUGCUUUGUGGUGGAAUGUGAGCAACAUUGCCUAAACUGGCUACCUAAGUUUAUUAAAAUAAACCGUUAUAGCUGA